UCCACAACGCAGCAACACAACGGACGGCCAUUCAGUCGAGUUUGAAGUUGCGCUUCAGGCGAACGGACUGCUCAGGUUCUCCUCCUUCGAUACGGUGGAAACAGUGAAAUUUUCGGUGGUUGACUACGUGACUGGCGGCAGGGAAGCAGUGUGGCACGGCGCAGUGUGAUGUGGUGUGAUUCUUGCAGAGGAGAUAUAAUCUUGUUUGCAUUCGAGUGAAAUUUGAAACUUUUUCUGUCCAACUCGUGCUAAUUCAACUGAACUCUUGAACCAGAAGAAAAGACUGAACUUCCAACAACAGUAACAAUGCCUCGACCGGUAAAAUUGUUCUACGAUCUGCUUUCAACCCAUUCCCGGGCCCUCUACAUGUUCUUCGAGGCCACCAAGAUUCCGUACGAUCCGGUACCAGUUUGCGCUACCAAAGACGAGCACCGCUCGGACGAGUACAAGGAAUGCAUCGGUCGGUUCCAGCAGGUCCCGACCAUCAUCGAUGACGGGUUCAAACUGUCCAACGGCAUAACCAUCCUGAAGUAUCUGAUCCGGGAGAAGCUCAUUCCGGACCAUUGGUAUCCGCGGGACAGUAAACUGCGCGCCCGAAUCGACGAGUAUCUCGAGUGGCAACAUGAUAACGGUUCCAAGGCGUUCAAUGCGUUCGUCCAGGAAAAGUGGAACCUUGGUCUGCACGACGAACGGUCCUCCGAGCAGAAGGUCGCAGAAUAUCGGCAACAGGUGGACAGCACGUUGAAUCAGCUCGAACAGAACUGGAUCGAACCGGGACGGUUCAUCAUCGGCGAUCGGAUCACGAUUGCCGACAUUCUGGCUGCUUGCGAGGUCGAACAGCCGAAGAUUGUCGGUAUGGAUCCGUUUGAGGGACGACCCAAACUGGCGGCCUGGCUCGAGAAGGUACGUUACACAAUGACACCGUACUACCAGGAAGCCCACCAGGAUUUCUACAAGUUUACCGACAAGGUGGCACUGCGGCAGAACUGAACGUUUCCGUGUUUUGCUGGCUGGUGUUGUAAUGUUAGACCUCUAGAUGUAUUAUAUACAUUUUUCUGUUUUGUAUUUCUGUAGAUAUUAGUACCUACCGGUUAAGAUUCUCUAGUCGUAAGUGGUUUUGUAAUGUGUCAAUAAAAUGGAAAUGAUUAUUCCAUACUCAUGCUAAGUA